UUUUUUUUGGGUUGUAAUAUGGACGACAAAUUCAUGCAAAACAACAUGUGAUGAAAACAUUCAGAUAUAGAACAACCAUCCGAAGAAAUGAAUAUCACACAAGAUGCAGAAAAAUCAUCAAGAGAUAUACAUAGAAAACAAGCGUUAAAAUAUCUUUGCUGUAUAUGCUGCCCAUGUUUUUCUUUAUGGAUAAGAUGUCUUUGUUGUUUCUUUUUAUUUGCCAUUAUUGUAUUUGCCAUUGCAGCAGGAAUCCUUGCUGCUUUAUUCCAAAUGCCAACUGUAACGUUCAAUGGUGUGACGGAUGAUCCUUUAGGUUUACCUCGAUUUCAAAAUCUGAAUGAUAACAUAAAUGGUUCCAUCAGUCCCUUCAAUAUCAAUCUAGGCUUAAAUUUCACUAUUCUCAAUCCAAAUGUUGAAGGGCUUAUGUUUGAUAAAAUCAGGGCCAUCGCUUAUUAUCCUACGAAUCCAACACAUUCUUUGGGAGGUGGUACUAUGACAAAUUUAGGAAUCAGUUCAGCAUCAACAACACAAUUUAUUUUUCCAUUCCAAAUCCAUUAUGAUCCACUAAGUGAUUCAAGGUUCAGUAUAUUGAAUGAUAUUUUAACCAAGUGUGGUCUGAUGGGAUCAACUGUCAAACAGGAUAUUAUGGUGAAUUAUGAUUUAAAACCUACUGUACGUGUCAUAGGUUUGCCGAUCUCUCCAACCAUUCAUCAAUCUGUUUCUUUUCCAUGUCCUAUUCAGAAUGGACAAAUCUUUAUUCCACGUGGUUUACCAUCAAUUAAUUGAUGAACAAAUUCAUCUCUUUUAUAUCAUCAUCUUAUAAUAUGUAAUGCAAUGUGUAUCAUUUUUUUUUAUAUAUGCCAUUUUU